UAGAUGGCGUAGCGACAUUGCUAACCGAAUACUUGACAGCCCUCCCCUCAUUGUUUUACUGAAUAAGAGGAGGAUACAGCACUACAUGUAAUACUUGCUAAUAGCAAACUGAAAGCGAAGAGCACAGACUCUAUUUGAGCUGUUUUGUUUUUGAACGAGCCGAGUAGAGUAAUGUAGGACGGAUGGUGUAACGAAAAAGUACUAGCAGCCUGCUAGCGCUUAACAUAUGUGUUUGUAUGUCUCUCUCUGUGUGUGUAUGUGUGUGUGGGACGAGCAGAGGCUUUUUUUUCUCAAUUACACUCUACGAAAGAAAAGUGCGAAAGAAUUUCCUCGGCUAAACAAAUAUCAGGAGUCAUUGACUUGGAUUUAGGCUCGUUUUAUGAGCAAGAAGAGAAGAGAGGAGCAGUAAACUUGACUCAGGAAUGACGGACAUGGCUGCAGUGUCGCCAACAUUCAUACAGGUCUGAUUGAGCAGAGCCGUGAGCUCUCAGUGUGUCAGCGCUCCGAUGGAAUGAUCCAGCAGGGUGACUAAGAGGAGGAAGAAGGGGGGAGAGGAUGGGUGUGAAUGCCUCCAGCUACCCUCACUCGUGCUCCCCUCGGUUCGGGGGUAACCCACAGACCCAGCAGACCUUCAUAGGCGCCUCCUAUGCACCACAGGGUUAUGGCGGCGAGUCCAAGCUCUACAGCCUAGAACAUGGCCCUGAAAAACCUCAGGACAAAAAGAAAAAGAGCUCCGGUUUGGCCACGCUCAAAAGGAGAUUCAUUAAGCGACGCAAGUCCAGUCGGUCUGCCGAUCAUGCGCGGCAGAUGCGCGAGCUCCUUUCGGGGUGGGACGUGCGCGACGUCAAUGCCCUGGUGGAGGAAUAUGAUGGCACGGCAGCACUCAAAGAGCUCAGUCUGCAGGCGGGCCUGGCCCGCCCUGAGGCUCGCACCCUGCAGCGUGAUUUAGCCAACCUUUAUCAGCACAAGUACUGCACUGAUGUGGACCUGAUCUUCCAGGAUUCCUGCUUCCCAGCACACCGAGCCAUUCUGGCUGCCCGCUGCCCAUUCUUCAAGACCCUGCUUUCGUCGUCGCCAGGUUACGGGGCAGAGGUGUUGUUGAAUGUUGGGACGGCAGGCAUGGAUGCGCCCAUGUUCUCCUCGUUGCUGCAUUACCUCUAUACAGGUGAGCUAGGAUCAGAGGACGUGAGGUUGCAGAAUGUUGAUGUGCUGGUCAGACUGAGUGAGGAGUUCGGUACGCCCAACUCCUUAGAAGGCGACAUGCGAAACCUCUGUGAGCACAUGGCGUAUUUUGACUCGCUGCUGAGCUUCUCCUCGGACUCUGAGCUGGUUGAGGCUUUCGGAGCAGGUGGACCUGCUCCUAGUGGCAUGGGAGGUGGAAACUCAGGGGUGAACCUCAGCUCUCCUGACGAGGAGCUAAGGGCCCACAAGGCCGUGCUUUCAGCCCGCUCGCCAUUCUUCCGCAACCUGCUGCAACGACGCAUCCGCUCGGGGGAGGAGAUCACUGAGCGAACUCUCCAAACCCCUACCCGUAUUAUCCUCGACGAAUCCAUCAUUCCCAAGAAAUACGCCUGUGUGGUCUUGCACUGCAUGUACACAGAUGCGGUGGAUCUUUCACUAGUGCUGCGCGGGAGCCCUUCUGAAGGCAGUCUGGGUGAAGUUCAGGCGCUGGUGGCUGGGAGAGGGUGCAUGAGUCGGGCCGAAGAGGCCAUGGAGCUCUACCACAUCGCCCUCUUCUUGGAGUUCAGCAUGCUAGCUCAGGGCUGUGAAGACAUUGUGGCAGACAGCAUCUCGCUGGACUCUGUGGUGGCCAUCCUGAAGUGGAGCUCACAGCCUUACGGCUCCAAAUGGGUUCAUCGGCAGGCCAUGCACUUCCUGUGCGAGGAGUUCAGCCAGGUCAUGACCUCUGACGUCCUCUAUGAGCUUAGCAAGGAGCACCUGCUGGCGGCCAUUCAGUCUGAUUACCUGCAGGCAAGUGAACAGGACAUCCUCAAGUAUGUUGUAAAGUGGGGCGAACACCAGCUCAUCAGGAGGAUGGCCGAUAGAGAGCCUAACCUGUUAAGUGGUACUGCACAUAGUGUGAAUAAACGUGGCGUGAAAAGAAGGGAUCUGGACCUGGAAGAGCUUAAAGAGAUACUGUCUCCGCUGCUGCCUUUUGUCAGAACCGAGCACAUAUUACCAACCAACAGUGAGGUCCUCUCCGAUACUAUGAAGAGGGGUCUGAUCAGCACCCCUCCCUCUGACAUGCUGCCCACAGCAGAGGGAGGCAAAGCCAACGCCUGGCUCCGGCAGAAGAGUGCUGGCAUUUACGUUCGCCCACGGUUAUUUUCUCCUUAUGUAGAGGAGGCCAAGGUGGUUUUGGAGGAGAUGAUGGUCGAGCAGACUGACCUGGUUCGGCUGCGCAUGGUUCGCAUGUCCAAUGUACCCGACACACUCUACAUGGUAAACAAUGCCGUCCCCCAGUGUUGUCACAUGAUCAACCACCAGCAAAUGGCUGGCAGCCAGACCGCUCCACCGUCUGUGGUUGCUAAUGAGAUACCAGUGCCCAGGUUGGCAGUGGUGAAGGAAAUGAUCCGUAGGCUGCAGGAGCUGCGUCACACAGACCAGGUGCAGCGAGCAUAUGCUCUGAACUGUGGUGAGGGCGCCACAGUCAGCUACGAGCUGCAGAUCCGUGUGCUUCGAGAGUUUGGCCUACCAGACGGGGCUGCAGAACUCCUACAGAAUCCGCACAAAUUCUUUCCUGAGGAGCGUUUUGGAGAUGAGAGUCCCGUCCUGGCCUUACGGCAGUCAGGUCGCUGCCGGGUCAACAGUACCCCAGCUGUGGAGAGCAUGUUCACCGACCUGGAGGCUCUGGUGGGCUUCCGCCCCCCUCUGCCCCCUCCUCCUCCACCCUACCACCCCCCAGCCACACCGGGCCAUAGCCAGCAGCAGUAUAAAACGGGCUGGAGACCUCGUGUCCCCACCCAACCUCCCUCCAGAUCUUUCUCCUACCCCUGCAAUCAUGCACUCCUUCACAGGCAACCCUCUUCCAAGAUGACCAGCCCAGCCUACCCCCCAGGAGCCAAGCCCCUGCCCCCAGACUGCACUAAUGCACAGGGGGGGAGGAAUCUUCAUCCUGACAAGAAAAUGCAGAACAUGGAGCCUGUUAUCAACGAGUUCAUGCCGGACAUCGCCAUGGGUGUUUCAGCAAUGAGCCUGAAGGAGCGGCGCCUUCCGGAGGUCUCCAUGGAGGUAGAGAGUCACGAAGCCCACCCUCACAUUGCUACAGCUCCUCCCAUCUCCCACAGCUACUCGAGUCGUCACCCGCACUCUUCCCGUAAGCGACAUGCAGCCGAACCCAAGCCCGAUGGCCCACAGCCUGACUUCCCAGAUCUCUACGAGUUCCCAGGCCGUCACGUGCCUCCCUACAGUGGACCGGACCUCUAUAUCCACGGCCGUCAGGCAGGUGGUGGAGCACCACCUCCGUCCUACUCCGAGGCUUCAGAAUCCCUCCGCCUGGAUGUUCUGGAACAGCCUCCGCAGAGACUUGGCUUGGCAAUCGUCUCACAAGGGGGCGUUGCACAAGCUGUGCAGAGGUCAUGGCCCUUAAAUGAGACGGACCUCACCUGUGGGCUUGGCCCCUCCACAGAACAGUAUGAGGAAUGGCCCAUGGGCCGCCGGCCUGCACCAGAAGGAAUGGGGCUGAGCUUAGGAGCGAACGUUGGGUCUGGGGACGAGGGAGGGUUAGGUACCCGAGACCGUAGGUCACCCAGCAAACCUGAAUACCCCUACAGAAAGUCUGCUCUCUGACCCCUGAUUAAAAAGAGACUUAGGACUGAUUUAAAUGCUAAAUGUAAGCUAACAGGUAAGGCACCAGCAGUCCUGCACUUUGUGUUCUUUCGAGGGCCGACAGUAUCUUGAAGUGAUGAACACCCAUAAGCUACGUGAGUGACUGCUUUUCCGAAGACUCGAGGGAGAUGUUCUGUUAACUGCUCUGGGUAGGUAGAGGAAGAGGAAGAAGAGCUUGGUUUGGUUGUGUGCACCCUGGAAAAAGGUUAAAAAUGCUAAUUAUUUUAAUCUGAGAGGUCCAAGGACUUCAUUCGACAGCCCUGAAAUGUAUUUCUUUGUUCUGUAUAACCAGGUUCUCAGAUUUCCCUCACAUGCUGCAUAUUAAUAUACAGAUAUCACAGUAUAUUUCUUUAACCGUCAUGUCCCAGAUCAGACUGAGAUGACUGGAGAAAUAUACAUUCAUCUGGAUGCACAGAUUUCAUUCCUUGGGAGUAAAGUAAAAAACAAAUAUGAAGGCACUAAGUUGCAAGAUCAUUAUUUUGUCUAGUCCUUGACAAACAGCUCCUUCUUCAUUUGAGGGCAGAGUGGCAGUAAUAGUUUGCGUAAUCUGCUGCAGAUGCUGGCUUUUACAUUAGCCUGUGCAAUUUAAAAGCUGAGAUGAAACACAAAAAAGAAAACAAAUGAAAUCCCCUGUCUCCUAUGAGGCAAUUUAUCAGCCAUUGCAUUGGCACAGAUGCACCAUUGAAUGUGAAUGGGGCUUCGUUUUAGCAUGUUCCAAAACUCAGAUCUGCAAGAUUUAUUCCAGUGUAUUUGACUUUAAAAAACUAUCUGUCCUCUCUAACAAACAUUUGGCAUCCUCUUUUGCAUUCAGAUUCUCUUUCCAAGGCUGCAGUUGGUGGCAUUACAGAGAGACUGCAAAUAUGGGUUGAUCAUUAUCAGCCUCGUUCUCUAGAACUGUACAGGACGUGCAACCAAACCAACCUUACACCGCAUCCUCUGUCUUCUGGUUCUGUAGGAUGGCAGCAGUCCAUGGCUGGGAGUUCAGUAGCUUUUCUGCGCUGCUUCUGUCAGCAGAUGACCAACAAUUAUGAUGUCAUGAACAGGCUUUGCAAAAAAAACUGAAUUCUGUGUUAGUGUCUUGGACACAAGGAUUUAGAGUAUGGACUUUUGAUUUGUUACGCAACUCUUUAAGAAACAAUAUCCUACACACUGCUGCACACCAUACCUUAUAGAUGAAGUGACUUAUUUUAAGCUUUUUUAACAUAUGAAAUACUUGCAUUCUUAAAUAAUUGUGCAAUAGUGCAGAUUUUUUCAUUUUAAAUAUUCAUUUUGCUUGCUUCUUCUUACAACCUUUCUCAGAUUAUACUGACACAGCAAAUAUGCAGGCUAGUUCACCCAAAAUGCUAAUUCACCCUCAUGCUGUUCCAAACUCUUUUUUUUUCUCUCUAUAGAACACUAAAGAAGAUAUUUUUAAGAAGGUUUUUUUCUCCAUACAGUUAAAGUCAGUGGGGUCCAAAAACAUCAACAUUGGAUUGCACCCUAUUGGCUUUUUUGUCUGGACCAAAAAGCCUUUAAACAUUUGUUCGAAAUAUCUUUUGUGUUGUGCAGAGAGAAAAUAUAUCAAACAGGUUUGAAAUGACAUCAGGGUUAGUGAAUGUUGAAAGAAUUAGAAUUUUGGGUGAACUAUCACUUUAAGAUGAUCAACAAUAGCCUUUCCCCACAAGUGAUGAUGGUACUGUAUUCUCACACACUCUCUUUAAAAUUAUUAUAUAAGAAAUUCUUGUUCUGUUAGACUGGAUGGGAUCUCUGUUGAAUAUCCAAACGAUCCUCAGCUGUAUCCAUCCCAGAUUUUUCACUUUGAGUGCUUCUUUCUUUGGAGCACAAGAAGCGUUUUAUUGGUUGAAAGCACAACAUACUGAGAAAUACGAAGAAUGUCAUUUUAUAUCUUGCCAGAUAAAAGUGCUCAGACAAUUUAUACGCUGGUAAAAGGCUUGAGUUUCAGUUUUCAGUUGUGUUAUUUUACUUUUAAGAACCCACCAUUAGACCAAAGAUGAGUUUGGGAGGAUGUUUGUGUUGCUUGGUGAAUAUCUAAAGCAUUUUAUUUUAUCUACCGCAAAUUGAACUGAAACCCUUGGGUUGAGAUUGAUGUUUGUUAAACAGACUCUUUGGUGACAUUUAUCAUCGAUUGAUUUUAUUGAUCUCUCCGCAGGCACUUUGACUUACUGAGUUGGCCUUAAGAGUUGUAGGUUUACUGCUGUAUCUGUAGUUACGGACUUAAGACCUUCCCUUGGGCAACGCAGUUCUCCGUCUUAAAACGCCUACGAUCUUCUGUGCCAGAGAGACUCUACCUCUGACCAGCUCCUCUCAACAUAUUUUAGUCAAUUUGAUUUUCCUUCUUUAUAUUCUUAUCAACGUAUUCAGACCUCUUGAGCCUGACCUUGAGCAUCCAUCAUUGAGGGACCAGAACCAACAGCUGGAAAUACUUUUUUCUUCACUUUCUCACAUAUUUUUGUAAAGUUCCUCAUCUUCUUUCCUUACACUUCCUGUUUUAUGAGACUAAACAAAAACCGCACAGUUAAGAUGUUUGUGCAGAAGGUGAGGAUGAUGCCAUCUUGCAUGAUAAUGAACUCAAUCUACAGUUACUAUCACAGGUGUUAUUAUGGCAGUAAGCAUGUGUUAUUCUCCAUCUACCCUUGGUCGUUUUUCAGAAAUGUUAGCUGCCUGAUGCAGUUGCAGUGCAAUGAACGGGUCCUUCUGGACUCCUACUGCAGCCCACCUCUUGAGUCAAGCCUGAAAGAGUCAUGAACCCUGAGUGGGAGCGCUCCAGUUCACCGUCCCACAAAGCUUCAGAGGGUCAGAUGCAACGCAGACCCUAGCUAGGGUGCUAGUGAUCUCAGUUGAAGUCGUCUGAAUCUUAGUAGGAGGCUGUCUUUGAAUCUCAAGGAUGUAGCUCUUCAGUCCCUGUUGCAAAUGGUUAAACCUUUUCAUUGGUGUAUAACAAACUUCAAAAUAUAUGAGACUGAGCUUUCAGUAAAGUAUCUGUGGUUCUCUCAAAAUGCAAUGCAUCGCAGCCUACUUAAAGGCUAUUUUCCAUGACCUCAUUCCACAGCAAAAAGAGGACGAGUGAACCGAUUUACUAAACAUAUUUAUUUAGAAUAAAGAUAUUUUACCAUGGAUUUGUUCCACAGAGCAAGUUUCUCACUCAUAAACUUCAUUUUACCUUGUGGAUCCUCCAGGUUUCAUGUCAGCAUGAGGACAACAUCUCAAUCUACCUGUCACUUGAGUUGUUUUAUCACCAGCUCACACGUUCUCCUUUUGAUGUGUCAGAAGCUCUUGUCAAAAGCGCAAUCACUUAAAUUCUGUGUUGACUUUCUAACGCAGUAUUUUUGAGCUGUGGGUCCAUCCCUCUUUACCAAUGCCAUUUUGAAUCAUGACAAGCAAAGACCUUUCGGUGUGAUAUUUCUCGUGUUUUUUUUUUUUUUUUUUUAGUUUUUUUUAUUUCCUGUUUUUUUUUUUUUUUUUUCUGUUUUUAUGUAACAGUUGCAUGUUCUGAUUUUCCAAGCGACUGUUACCUGCAUCUCCGAGCACGGAGUAACUGGCAUCAGCACUUCUCUUCGAGGCAGCCAAGAGGAGAUCUGAGGUCUGUCAUGUCGUUCUAGAGAAUCACACUCUCUGCGUAACCAUGACCCAAAAUCGACAGAUGGAUAUUUAGGCCUACUGCUGCUACUCAAAGAUUUUCCUGCCAGCUGAGAACAUUAUUUCUUGACGUCAAUGCCUAUCCCAGCGAUCCUGUCCCAUCUAGACCCAGCCAUGCCUUAAUCUUAAGGGGGAGGUUAGGAAAACUCCUUGGAUCGCCUUCGCCUCUGCUAUACUCAGGCCAUUUUGAACUGCUAAGAAGUCAUUUAUUUCAUGUUAUAAAACACCAAUCAGAUCAUUUUGAGGGUGUGUUCUGAAUGCUGCAGAAGCCAAUGCACAGUUUGAGGGUAUUAUUUUGCAUUUGAGAUGCACACUGACCUCAUAAUUAAUACAUUUUUUUCACAGAUGCUAUUUGUGGUCAUUUGGGUUUUGUCAGAUUUGUGGGUUGCUUGCCUGAGAGACUGUUAGGGAAUGAAUUGGAAAUGCAUUUGAGUUUGUCCUGAGUCUGUCCUGUAGAACUGAACUGGCACGGUGUUUGAGGUUAAUUUUUCAUCGCUUAAGAAUACUGGGUUCGUUUUGGAGGGAAUGAUUUUGGCCACGAAUCCUGACAUCAACUUAAACUGAGAAAGAAAAAAGCUAGAACUGAUGAAGGUACCCAUUGCACUAAAUUUUUUGAUGGUGAUGUGUGUAACGUUUGUUGUGGAAUAGCGCCCUCUGUUGGCUCUAUUGAUUUAUUUUGACUGAAACCUCUGUUCAUUCAGUUUUAGAUUUACAGCCGAGUCAUUUGUCUUGAAAGUUCAUUCCUAAUCCUUUUGGUAUAUUUGCAUGGCAUUGCAUUAUUUAUCUCCAAAGUGCCGCAAGGCUAAACUGAACUGAAGGUUUGUGUUUUGGAUGUGUGAGGGGCAAGGGAAGUUGUGUUUGUAGACUUCGCAGUCGAGAUCUCCAGGUUCUCUUGUUCCAUCUCUCUUAUGGAGAUGAUUCAGUGCCUUCCCUGCCUGAGGCUGGGCUUCCACCUCACUCCUUUUGUCUUAUGCAAGCCCUUUCUACAAACCUCUGUUAAACCGUCUCUUUGUAAUACUGUAGCCAACGCAUAGUGUGCAUAAUGUUUAAUUUGUCCUUUUUUUUUUUUCUUCAAAAGAUAUUUUUCAAGAUUUUUGGUACCUUUGAUCACAGGCCUCAGAAAUACGGUGUUUUGUUGUAUGUAAAAUGUAAAGGUUUUUUUAUAAAUAUAUAUAAAACCUGCGAUAUCUAUUUGAGACGUGUGCAUGUGCAUAUAUUUGUGUGUAUGUGUGUGUCUAUAUAUAUAUAUAUAUAUAUAUAUAUAUAUAUAUAUAUAUAUAUAUAUAUAUAUAUAUAUAUAUAUAUAUAUAUAUAUAGACACACACACACACACACAUGCACACAAAAAAAAAAAAGCAUUCUUUUGUGGAGUUGUGGAAAGUGUCUAUUUUUCUAUUCUUUUCUUUGGCCGGUGUAGUUAUGAACUUUCCUCUGCAAUUAGGUGACUAAUGUCUUGGAAAUAAAUAGAUUUGAGUUAUAA